AUGGCGCCCGAUGGUGGUGCUGCACUUGUACAACGCCACCGAGCGCUGAAAUCAGCGCGGUCUCUCUCGCCCCAGGCGCCGGCCCCCGCAGAGUCGCUGCGCCGCGGCCGCCGGAGGAAGGUCAAGCAGGAGGAGACGCCGGAGAAGAAGGUGAAGCGACAGGUGAAGGCGAAGCGGCGCGGUAAGACCGAGGCCGAGCAGGCGCAGCCCGAGGAGAGCGGGCUGGGGGACGGCGAAUUCGAGCCCCCCGUGCCCAAGAAGACGAAGAAAGUCAAAGGGAAGAGCAACGGCUUGGUGGGAGAGAACGACGCGUCCCAACACGUGGUGAAAUCUUCCUCCGCUGUGAGCGUGACAUCCCCGGCUGCCGGAGAGCAGGACAGCGACGCUGAGGAGUUGACAGAAGAAGCAAAAGAAGGCGCCUUCUCUAAUUUCCCUCUCUCACAAAACACUAUCAAGCUUCUCACAGCUCGAGGUGUAAAAUACCUGUUCCCUGUGCAAGUGAAGACUUUCCAGCCCAUAUAUGAUGGCAAAGAUGUAAUUGCUCAAGCUCGAACAGGAACUGGGAAAACCCUUUCCUUUGCUCUUCCACUGAUUGAAAAACUUCAGAGUGUCUCACAGGAUGGGAGAAGAGGCCGUGCACCAAAAGUGCUGGUUCUUGUUCCAACCAGGGAACUGGCCACUCAGGUAGCCAAAGACUUCAAGAAUCUCACAAAGAAACUGUCAAUUGCUUGUUUUUAUGGAGGAACUCCAUAUAAAGAACAGCUUGAUCUCCUUAAAAGUGGCAUCGAUAUUCUUGUGGGAACUCCUGGCCGGAUCAAAGACCACCUUCAGAAUAGCAAGCUGGAGCUUUCCAAUGUGAAGCAUGUUGUUUUGGAUGAAGUGGAUCAUAUGUUAGACAUGGGCUUUGCUGAACAAGUGGAAGAAAUCUUGGGAUCGUCCUAUAAGAAAGGCUCUGAGAACAACCCGCAGACACUGCUGUUUUCUGCAACUUGUCCACGAUGGGUAUACGACGUAGCAAAAAAAUACAUGAGAGAUGAGUAUGAACAGAUUGACCUGAUUGGAAAGAAGACUCAAAGGACAGCCACAACUGUGGAACACUUGGCUAUACAGUGUCGCUCAAAUCAGAGAGCAGGAGUUCUUGGGGACAUCAUUCAGGUCUACAGUGGCAGCCGUGGGCGGACCAUUGUCUUUUGUGAGACCAAAAAGGAAGCAAAUGAGUUGGCUAUGAACGCUUCACUCAAACAGGAUGCCCAGUCCUUGCAUGGUGACAUUCCACAGAAACAGAGAGAAAUUACAUUAAAAGGCUUCAGAAACGGUGUAUUUGAAGUGCUGAUUGCAACAAAUGUAGCUGCCCGUGGUUUGGAUAUUCCUGAGGUUGACCUUGUUAUACAGUGCUCACCACCAAAAGAUGUUGAUUCCUACAUCCAUCGCUCUGGACGCACGGGUCGAGCUGGCCGGACCGGCAUCUGCAUUUGUUUGUUUCAGAGAAGAGAAGAAGAUCUUCUGAAACAAGUAGAGCACAAAGCGGGUAUUACCUUUAAGCGUGUAGGCGUUCCCUCUGCUACAGAUGUAAUUAAAGCUUCAAGUAGUGAUGCCAAAAAGUUGCUGGAGGCCGUUCCACCCUCUGCAGUAGACUACUUCAGAAAAUCAGCUGAAGAGCUGAUCGAUGAGAAGGGGGCGGUGGCUGCCCUGGCUGCAGCCCUGGCACACAUUUCUGGGGCAGCUCACAUCCAGCAGCGCUCCCUGCUCAACUCAACAGCUGGCUUUGUGACCAUGGUGUUGAAGUGUUCCAUAGAGAUGCAUACCAUGGGCUAUGCCUGGCGGGGGCUGAAGGAACAGCUUGGGGAGGAAGUUGAUAACAAAGUGUCUGCAAUGCGUUUCCUCAAGGGGAAGAUGGGCGUGUGCUUUGAUAUCCCUGUUGAUGAACUGAGUAAUAUACAGGAGCAGUGGAGGGACACGCGGCGCUGGCAGCUGUCGGUGGCAAGUGAGUUGCCCGAGCUGGAAGAAAGUCCCCAGGAACCAGGACGAGGGUUCUCCAGGUUCGGAAACAGCAGGCAAGGAGACUUCAAAAGAAACAGCUGGUUCAAGAGUGGAAAUCGGUGACUUUAAUACUCGAUUAACCUCUGCUACAGAUAAUGGGACUGAGCUGAAUUUUAUGAGACAGUAAAACCCUGUUAGACACUCCUCUUUGUCUUUAUUCCUUGAUAAACAUCCUGACUUUGAGGAUGGCGUAAAAUCACGUUUGCUGAAAUGA